AUGUUGAUAAAAUUCUUCAAUUGUUUCAUCAGGUAUAAUAAUUAUUUUCUAUUAAAGAAUUACGUUUUUAAAUUUGAAAACAAGAGAUAUUAUGAUUCGCGCUUUUUCAGAAAAAGUGUUAGGAGAUUACUUCACUUUUUUUAUAAGGAGGUUCAUCCAGAUUUAACUAGCAAUUUACCUGAUGAUUUGAAAAAAGUAAAUAAUGAAUCAUUAAGUGUUUUAAAUUCAUAUAUAGAUAUUUUAAGUCACUCAAAAAAAAAUGAGAAUAACAUGUUUAUAGGAAAAAGCUUAGUAUUUUUUAAAGUUUUUGAAAAUUCUGAAAAUAAAAUAAUUAAAGGAAGAUAUAAAAAUAUUAUAAUUAAAUUGCCAACAAUAUCACAUAAUUUAUCUAUUGAUGAAAAAGAAAAAAUUACUGCAAAAUUAAUUUAUGAUAUUAAAAAUUCUGUUGAAAAAACAAAAAGAAAAAGCAUCUUUGAUGAUAAUAUUGAAAAUAUUUACAACAUCUUUGAUGAAGAAGAAAAUAAAAAAAAAAGUGAUAUUAAUAAUAUAUGGGAAGAUUUAACUAAUUAUGUAAAAGAUACAGAAGCGUUAUACCAACCAUCUGAAGAAGAAAUAGAAUUAAAAAGAAGAAAAAAGAGUUAUUUUUAUUAUAUAAAAAAAAAAUUAGAAUCAAAAUAUCAGAAAAUAAAUCAUAAAAAAAGAAGAAAAACAAAAAUACAAAAAAUUAAUGAAAUUGCGAGUAAAAUAGUUCAAGAAAAAUUUUCUCAUGCCAAGCAUCACACUUAUGAUCAAACAUUAGUUAAACAAAGUUAUAAAAUUAUUCAAAAUGGGUAUAAUCCCAAUUUAAUUUUUUUUCAUAAGGAUAUAAAUGAAAAAGAAAAAAAAAAAGGAAUAGAAAAUUUAUGUGGCAUGAAUUUAAAGGAUGAUGCCGAUAAAUGGUUAUUAGAAAAUUGUCUAAAAUUAUUGAAAAAUCAUCAAACACCUAUUCCAUUAGUUAUCUACUCUGAAAAAAAAAUUCAAUUAUCAUCAACAUAUGGAUUUAUAUAUAUUCCUUAUGACUUUUGCUUAAAUGAUUUAUUUGCAUUCUUAGAAAAAAAUGUUGAUAAAGCAAGGAGUAUUAGAAAAAAAGUGAUAGAAAGCUUUGAAUUAUGA